AUGGGCCUCCUAUAUCUCGGAACUCCUCUCACUUGGGAGGACGCUAAACAGUACGCAGACCACGUUCGACAUCAUGGUAUCACUCAAUUUCUGAACAUUUGGGAUCGCUUGAAGGACAAGACAGGAGAUGAACUGCUCUGGGGCGAUGAGAUCGAGUACAUGGUGAUCUCCUUCGAUGACGAAAAAAAGAACGCAAAGCUAUCUUUACGGCAAACCGAGAUUCUGGCGAAACUUAGCGCAAUUGUCAGUGACAUUUGCAGCGAGUGCGAUUCUUCGAUCGCCGUACCCACUUUCCAUCCCGAAUAUGGCCGUUACAUGCUCGAAUCAACGCCUGGCUCUCCUUACACUGGAAGCAUCUCAGAUUUGCUUAUCGUUGAGCAAAACAUGCGAUACAGGCGGAGUCUGGCUCGACGACACCUUCAACCCAAUGAGGUACCUUUGACCUUCACAUCUUUCCCGCGCCUCGGUAGCCCCGGACAAUUCACAGAACCUUAUCAUGACCCGUGUGAUGCCGUUUCAAGCCAUAGUCUCUUCCUUCCAGAAGAGAUAACCAAUCCUCAUGCUCGUUUCCCGACACUGACCGCAAAUAUCAGACGCAGGCGUGGGUCGAAAGUAGCCAUCAAUCUCCCGAUAUACUUCGACGAGAAAACCCCUCGGCCAUUUGUGGACCCAACAAUUCCUUGGGAUCGCACUAUCUAUCCAGAAGAUCCAGAGGCCAAAAAUGGGGCGGCUCUCUCAGAUCACAUAUAUCUAGACGCAAUGGGUUUUGGGAUGGGGUGCUGUUGCCUACAGCUGACAUUUCAAGCGUGUAAUGUCGCCGAGGCGCGGCGUUUAUACGAUGCCUUAAUACCUGUCGGUCCGAUAUUGCUAGCCCUGACUGCUGCCAGUCCAAUUUGGAGGGGAUACCUCGCGGAUGUCGAUUGUCGUUGGAAUGUGAUCGCCGGCAGCGUUGACGAUCGUACGGAAGAGGAACGAGGAUUGAAGCCUCUCGUUAAUGACCGAUAUAAGAUUCCAAAAUCGAGAUACGACAGUGUAGAUCUUUACAUUUCUCAGAGCUGGAUGAACAGGCCGGAGUAUAAUGACAACCACUUACCCAUCGAUGAGGGCAUCUAUGAUCGCUUAAAAGCUCAUGGCAUUGAUGAUCUCCUUUCGAAGCACGUUGCGCAUCUUUUCAUUAGAGACCCUCUUGUUGUAUUUUCCGAAACCAUAGAUCAAGAUGACGAAACUAGCAACGACCACUUCGAGAACAUCCAAUCGACUAAUUGGCAGACCUUACGUUUCAAACCUCCCCCACCAAACUCUUCAAUCGGUUGGAGGGUUGAAUUCAGGAGCAUGGAGGUGCAGAUUACAGAUUAUGAGAACGCCGCCUUCGCUGUCUUUGUGGUGCUCCUUUCUCGAGCAAUCCUAUGCUUCAAUAUCAAUUUCUACAUUCCUAUAUCGAAGGUCGAUGAGAACAUGGAGAGGGCGCAGGAGCGGGCGGCUGUCAAGUCCCGGCGGUUCUUUUUCCGGAAAGACGUAUUCACUGAUGGCACACCGUUUUCGUCCCGGUCCUCGUCUCCCAUGAAUAAGGAAAAGAAACUCUUGAAUCAUUUUCCCACUCCGCCUCCGCCAGAGAAUGGUUCCCAUCGGAAGUCAGUAGAGGAGGAGUACGAAGAGAUGACCAUGAACGAGAUAAUGAACGGCAAGGGAGAAGAUUUUCCGGGUCUCGUGGGAUUGGCGGCGGCCUAUCUAGAUACCCUAGAUAUUGAUCCUGACGAGCUGGUCAAACUACAAGGUUAUCUUGACCUUGUCCGUCGUCGUGCCAAUGGAUCGCUUCUUACAGCCGCUACGUGGAUGCGGAACUUUGUCCGGUCACAUCCUAAAUAUGCUAAGGACUCGGUGGUCAGCCAGGAGGUAAACUAUGACUUGAUGGUCGCUGUGGACGAAAUCGAAAGAGGUGUUCGAAAAGCUCCCGAAUUUUUACCAGAGGACUAUAGUGGCGGCAAUAGAGAUGCAGGCUCUAUCAGGGUGUAA